AUGAAUGAUAUAAAGGCUUCCUCCAUCUUGGAAAACUCAGACAGCAACAGGUUUCAAGAAAUGGACGACCCGAAAACGAACAGUCACGUAGUUGAGGGUUUCGAAUCGAGGCUGUCUCAGACCUCCUCAGAACCAAAGGGUGCCCCAAUGGCUGAGAAGUCGUUGGGAAUCCGGAAGUCAGAGCUUAUCAUCUCACAGUUGGAAGGUCGCUGGCACAGAGGCCUUUACUUUUUUUUCAUUUUCAUCGGGAUGUACAUCACUACCGUUGAUAAUUACACUAUCAACAUAUUCAUUAGCUAUGCUACAAAUUCAUACAAGCAACACUCACUCAUGGCCACGAUCGGCACAAUUGGAGCUGUUGCAUCCGCUGCUUCAAUGCCUUUUUUUGCCAGGGCUGCUGAUGUCUUCGGGAGGCUUGAGUUGUUUGUAGUGGCUAUGAUAUGCAAGGUUAUGGGAAUCAUCAUACAAUCGCAGGCUUUAGAUAUCCAGAGGUACGCUGCUGGAGCUGUCUUUUAUGCUUUUGGUAGUUCUGGAACUGUGAUUGUGUGGCAGCUCUGUGUGUCAGAUGCAUCCACGUUGAAGUGGAGAUUGAUGGCACUCGCCCCGUUAUGUAUGCCAGUUAUCAUCAACACAUGGUCCGUGGGUGAUAUCACGGACCAGCUUUUAGCAAGACACGGAUGGGAAUUUGGUAUCGCUCUCUGGGCAUUUACCACCCCUCUCGUCUGUUUGCCUUAUAUGCUUACUCACCUCCAUUUGAUGUGGAAAGCAAGCAAAACAUCGACGUGGACACAAAUUGUAAAUGAGAAAAGACAAAAGUUCCUUGACGACAGUCCCACGGCCAAAAGGUUUCACGAUAAUAUUCUUGCCAGCACAACAUGGCUGGAGAAGCUUGUGGCAAGACUAAAGUUCAUCUCCAUUCAUGUUGCUAAAAAAUUGGUGGUGAUUCUAUGGGAGAUGGACUUUAUUGGUUUUCUUUUGUUGGCUGUGGUCCUCGGUCUUCUUUUAGUACCCUUGACUCUUGCCGGAGGUGAUCACUUUAAGUGGCAGCAAGCUUCCACGAUAGUUCCGCUUGUGAUGGGGUUCGUUACCAUCCCGAUUUUUGUGAUUUGGGAGAGUAAGCUUACAAAAAAACCCAUGCUUCCAUUUGCAGUGAUGAAGGACCGUGGUGUCUGGGCAGCAUUGUGUGUCGGUGUUUUCAGCACACUUAUCACGUUUAUGCCCGGCAGUUAUGCCUAUCCUGUUUUGCUCGUCGGUAUGAACGCUUCUGUUAAGAUUGCUACGAGAACUGCUGGAUUAAACCAGUUCACGGAGGGCAUCACUGUUCCGGUUCUCGGUCUCAUGUUAACCAAGGUCAAAAGAGCAAAAGUCUUCAUCAUCUUUGGCAACUUCAUCAUGUUCAUUGCUAUGGGAUUAUUUGUGCAUUUCAGAGGUUCAAACGAUGGCAUCAGGGAUAAGUACUACCGAGAUGGUGUUGCCAUUGCAAUGUGUAUCUCUGGAGUUGCUCUGGCUACCUUCUACAGGCUCACGUCUGUCUCCAUUCAAUCAUGCACCAAUCAUGAGUAUAUGGGCCCGGUUACUUCCAUCUUUGCUACAUCUUAUACUAUCGGUAUUGCUUUUGCAAAAAGCAUCUCGGGUGCAAUUUGGACGCAGGAAAUGCUAGGUGAAAUUACAACUAGAAUGAUUAAUUUGAAUGUCGAUCCCAGCCUAGCAAUGAUCGCCUACGGUUCACCAUAUGAUUUCAUCGCUCAGUAUCAAUGGGGCUCACCAGAAAGGGUUGCAGUGAGUACGGCGUAUGCUGCAAUACAGAGAAAACUUUCCAUUGUUGGACUUUGCCUCUGCGUUCCUAUUCUUGUUUUUAUCCUUCUCUUGAGGAACCAUAAGUUGGUGGACUCUCAAAAUAUGGACGACGAGAAGCAAAAGCUGCAGAAUACUGACGAUGAGAAAAAUGCUGCAGAGCGUGAAACGUCUCAGAUCAUUUUUAAGGAUGACGAAGACCCUAUCCUCAAUUUCCUUAGAAGGCCACUUGGCUUUUUGAAGUAG